AAAAAAAAAAAACCCAUCCGCGAGCGCUCCGUGCGUGCGCUCUGUGCGCGCGGAGGAUUCGGUUGAUUUACGCACGAACCGGAGCGCGCGCUCUGCAGCCCGUUCUGUAAUAUUUAGAGUUUCUCUGCUCUUGUUGCUCUUGAAUGGCACAUCUGAUGUUAAAGUUCGUACAUUUGCAGUCUUGUUAGUGAGACAUAAACGACAAUAGAUCCUCUGUGAGGAAGUGUUUCUGCAGAGAUUCCUGAGUUUCCAGUUAAAGUAGGGUUUUCCACCAAAAAGCAGUUAUGUAACAUGGUGAGUGAGUGAGUGAACCACCUCAAACACACUGCAUGACCUUUUGUAGUCUUUCAAUCCCCAAAGCGUCCAAACACAGGCUGCAGAUUUCCUCUGGAUGAGACUCGGAAAAACAGCAUCAGGAUCAGCAGGAAUGUUUUCUUAUGACUCUGAACUGUACCCAGCUGCUGAACUGGCGCGCAGCUGUGUUUCCUCUGGUUACCACGACUGGGACUGGAAAUCAGGUUGAAAUGAAGGUGAUCCCACUUUAAAUCAAGCCUCAUUUAGAGCUUUCACGGAUUUAUGAGGAUUUUUUUUUCUUUUUGUGUGUGUGGGUGUGUUUGUUUCUAUCCCUGUUUUAGUUUUAUUCUGUAGUUCUAUAUGAAAGUGUUUCAGAAAUAUAAAUGGAGCCCAGAAUUCCUGACUGCACCAUACAGAAAAUAUGCAAAGCGCUUAUGUUAAUAAUGAAUCACACAGAAAGUAAAUAUGAGUUUUAAAGGUGCUCUAUGCCAAAUGUAUAUAAUGCUCUUUUAUUCACCGUCACAGUAAUCAGUUUGAGUGCAAUGCAGGCCUUUUCAUGUAGUCUGCAUGUUCUUCCUGUGCACGGACACUGCAUUCCAAAAGCAUGUACUUGAUAUUAUAAACUAGAAGGAUAGACGCACAGAACACAGAUGGAUAUUUAUCUUCUCUCUGUGCUUCAUUCUCACAAACUGGACCAACCAUCAAUCCUGCAAAACCACAGAAACGACUGUGUUUUCUUCUAGUGAGCAUCUAUAUAGCAGAUCCACUUAUAGACACUUAUAGAAGAGUCGGUGUGGAUCCAGCUGUGUCUUGUAAGCACGGCAGAACACGCUGUGCUGGUUACAGUACACAAAGACUGGAUCCACACCGAGAUUCUGGCACACAGCCACAACUUUUCCACUGAAGCUCUGCUUCUUUUUCUCUCACAAAAAAAAAAAAAGAGCUGGGAACAUUUUUUCCAAGUGAUUUAUGAUCCAUGCAGACUUGAGCUCUCACACUGUUUGGCACUUGUCUCUGUUUUGAGUUUUAAAAUAAGGUUUAAGUGAGACUUUUAGCGGCGUGUCAGCCCUGAGUCCAGACUGCCCGUAAAACGACACAGUGAGUUAAUGGAGGCACAUUUAUUUCAUUCUUUCUUAAAGGGAGGGUUAUAUUAUUUUUCGCAUGAUUUUCCCCAACUGCAGCUGUUUUUCCUCCAUGAAGUAAUGAUUUGUGUUUUUUCAUAACACAUGGUGGAACACACCUCUCACUUCAUCUGGGACGACAGUUAUGAUCCAUGAUGACAUUAUGUGUAAUAAUUCAGCCACGACACUGUUUUUUUUUCUUCAUUUUGUUGCUACAGAAGUUGAUUCUCCUCCUGUGAACUGGUGAUCCUCAUAUUAAGUGAUGUUGGGCGUCCUCCUGCUCCUGUCCUGCCCCUCCCUGGGGGCCCUGGUGCCCCCCUUGCCCCCCGUCCCCUGCAGGCGCUGCUGUGACCACCUGGAGCCAGCAGAGGGCAGUGGAGCGCAGCCAAGCGGCUUCAGCCACGUGCCAGAGGUCCGCACCUUCAUCAACAUGACCAUCCUGAAAGGUGACAAAGGGGACCGUGGGGACCGAGGGACACCGGGUAAAGCUGGACUGGAAGGCCCUCCAGGCUCCAGGGGGCCCAUGGGAGCCAAGGGCAGCAAAGGUCAGGCGGGUCCUCCGGGAAGCCCGUGCAAGGCGCAGUACUCCGCCUUCUCCGUCGGCCGCCGCAAGUCCCUCCACAGCCUGGACUCCUACCAGGCGCUCAUCUUCGACACCGUCUUCGUCAACCUGGACGGCCAGUUCAGCAUGUUCGACGGCAAGUUCUCCUGCGCCGUCCCGGGCGUCUACUUCUUCAACCUCAACAUCCACACCUGGAACUUCAAGGAGACGUACCUGCACAUCAUGCAGAACGAGGCGGAGCGCGCCAUCGUGUACGCCCAGCCCGCCGACCGCUCCAUCAUGCAGAGCCAGAGCCUGAUGCUGCGGCUGGAGCUGGGCGACGAGGUGUGGGUGCGCCUGUACAAGCGGGAGAGGGAGAACGCCAUCUACAGCGACGACGUGGACGUCUACAUCACCUUCAACGGGCACCUCAUCAAAGCCAGCGAGGAGGAGGAGGAGGAGGAGAACUGAGCCGGAGGCGGGAACUACAAGUUCUUCUCUUCUGCCUGAAAAUUUUUAGAUUAAAAAAAAAAAAAAAAGACUUUCAUUGUGGCUGGAUGAUGACAGCAGAAUGGGAGGUCUGGCUUUUAGAAAUU